AUGGACCUUUCCCGGCUUGCCGUGGCUAAUGAAUUCUGCGCGAGUCACUGGUUGCCAGGCCGAUCUUCUUUGGGAAACACUGGAAAGCAGGGUCCCAGAGUGCAGAUAACAGCCACUUGGUGGCACGCCUCUGCUUUCGGAUGA